CUAUAAAGAGGAGGAGCUCGGAUGAGGGGCAGCCUUAGCUGGGGCUCCCCGGGGCCGGGGUGCACCUCUGUCUGCCCGCACCCUGUCCGCAUCCUGCCCGCCCAGCUCCCGGUACGAUGGCGAAGCGGCGGCUGUCGGGGGGCGCCUGGGGAGCUCUGGUGCUGCUGGGGCUGAUGCUACCGGCAGCCCCGACGUGGGCUUGGUACAAACACGUCGCCAGCCCCCGGUAUCACACGGUGGGACGAGCUUCGGGGCUGCUCAUGGGGGUCCGGCGCUCCCCUUACCUCUGGCGUCGGGACUUACCGGCAGAGCCCCCCGCCAACCGGCCCGGGGCAGCCGCUCCCGCAGCCGCCGCUGCCCCCCUACUCCAGCCGCCCCCCGGGCGCCCCGCCGGGGACACUCCGCUGCCUCCGUCCGCUCCCGGUCGCCUCCUGCAGAGGCUGCUCCGGAGGGGAUGGGGAUGGGGAGGUCCCCGACCGACCCCCGCCAGACCCCCCCCGCCAGGACCCCGCGGAGCUCAGCUUCUCCAGCUUGAAGACAUGGCCCUGAUCCACUGAAGAGCCACAUCAGAGAUGUUUGAACCGCUGGAGGAGCACCAGACUGCCCGAGGUGGGAACCUUCACCCUGGCUGGGGAGGAAGAGCCUCAUCAGUGGAUCUCCUGGUACCUCUCUGAACCUGUACAGACAAUGACAUUCCAACAACAACAACAACAAAAACCACCAACAAACCAACUAACAAAACCCCACCUCAUUUUCUCGUGGCCACUGGCCAGGGGCAGUGGCAAAUUUCAUCUCGUUUUCAGGUCAGCCUAGUGCUACAGACUUGGGGAGAAGAAAAGAAAGAGGGAAGAGGUUUGGUUUGGUCCAUUUGUUGGGGUUUGGGUUUUCUUUCCUCCAGGUUUCUGUACUUAGCUCGGUUUGCACCCAUGAGACAAACGUGUCCUGCCUUUGCUUCCUAGGAGCCUGCCCUCAUUAAAAUGAGAAUUGAUCGAAGGAAA